CACUGUUCAGUACCUUUACCUCCAUGGGUUUGUGUAAGACUGCACCUUGUUAAGAAGAGUUGUCGAGACGAGCGGGUUCUCAAGUUUAGUACCCCAUGAAGUGGCCUGGAGUGGGUCAGUCCAGUGGGUCAGUGCCCUCAGUGUGUGGGCAGCGAAAGAGAGCCAUGAGCACUCUGGGUCGGUCCAAGGACAGAAUCUGGGGGGUCGCCCUCAGACCGGGCAUGGAGGUAGCCACCCGCCGGAGCGCCUGGGAGGAGAGACGGCUCCUGAACGGAUUCAACCGCAGGUUAACCCGCUGGUUUGAAUCCCCCCGUUUGUCCACCGCCUCCAUCAGUAGUAAUGAGCGGACACCCUCCGCCACGCCCUCCGACUGCUCCGACUUCCCCUCCGCUGGCCAGCGCCCCGUGAGCCUGGUCUCCACCUUGUCCUCGGGGUCCGGUUCGUCCCGGGACGACAGCCCCGCUCUGCCCCCACCUGGCGGCUCCGUGCCCCCCACCGGAGACGACAUAGACUUGGAGCUGAGUCCUCCGGUGGGCGCCGGCGAUCAGGUACGCCAGCAACCUGAUACGGCGGACCCUUCUGGGGAAGGACUGGUUUCGCGUGGCAGGAAGUUCGACCAGUUUAACAACAACAACACUGCCACGCCCUCGCGGGCUGCCAGCGCACGCCACACGCCCCCGUUAUCGCCCUUUGCAGCCAACGCCAUGGCGCCCAAUCCCAAGAUCACCUACUUGGACCGGGUGGUCAUGGAGAUCAUCGAGACGGAGCGCAUGUAUGUGAGGGAUCUGCGCAGCAUCGUGGAGGACUACCUGGCCCACAUCAUCGACCAGGCAGACCUACCCAUUAGGCCAGAGCAGGUGUGUGCCCUGUUCGGAAACAUCGAAGACAUCUACGAGUUCAAUAGUGAACUGCUGCAGUCCUUAGAUAUGUGUGACAACGACCCUGUUGCCAUCGCUAGGUGCUUUGUCAUGAAGAGAGAGUAUUUUGAGAUCUAUACACAGUACUGUACCAACUACCCAAAUUCUGUGGCUGCUCUGACAGACUGCAUGAGGAACAAAUCUCUGGCCAAGUUGUUCCGCGAGCGGCAGGCUUCUCUGAAACGCUCCCUUCCCCUGGGCUCCUACCUGCUCAAGCCUGUACAGAGGAUCCUCAAGUACCACCUACUGCUUCAGGAGAUAGCCAAGCACUUUGACCCAGAAGAGGAAGGCUAUGAGGUAGUGGAGGAAGCCAUCUACACCAUGACAGGCGUGGCCUGGUACAUCAACGACAUGAAGAGGAAACAUGAGCACGCCGUUCGACUGCAGGAGGUCCAGUCGUUGCUGAUCAACUGGAAAGGACCGGACCUGACCACGUACGGGGAACUGGUCCUGGAGGGCACCUUCAAGGUCCACCGGGCCAAGAACGAGCGCACACUCUUCCUCUUCGACCUUAUGCUCCUCAUCACCCGGCGCCGAGGAGAGCACUACGUCUACAAGACCCACAUCUCGUGCUCCACCCUCAUGCUGAUCGAGAGUGCCAAGGACUCUCUGUGCUUCAGCGUCACUCACUACAAGCACCCCAAGCAGCCUCACACAGUGCAGGCCAAGACUGUGGAAGAGAGAAAACUAUGGGCCCAUCACAUCAAAAGGAUCAUUCUAGAAAACCAUCAAGCCAUCAUCCCUCAGAAGGCAAAGGAGGCCAUCUUAGAAAUGGACUCGAUUUACCCAUCAAAGUUCCGGUACAGUCCAGAGAGAAUGAAAAAGGUCUGCCAAUCAGACGAGUUUCCCAGAGAAGGUCGUCAGGGGCGACGACAGUCAGAACCAACCAAACAGAUCCUGAAGAACACCAAAGCCGUCCUCAAGCACGCAGACAGCGAAGGGGCCCUACCAGACGACCCGCGCUCCAUUCAGGCCGCCGCUAGUGUCAGCACCCUGGGCUCGAGCCUAGGCGAGUCCGAGGCUGAGAGGCCUAGCGUGGAGGAGGAAGAAGAAGAGGAGGAUAUGGGCCUUAGGAAGGACUCUCUUGAGAGGCUAAGCCCAAGUGACAUUGAGGAGCCGAGGACAGGGUCAGCGUCCCACGAGGGCAGGGCGACCCUGGGGGAGGAAUGUGACUCAGAUGAUAUUCUGAUGGAGGAAGACCAGGUAGAGGACUUUGCCAGUUCCAUGCUGGCCGCCAUCUCCUGUUGGCACUAUAGAGCCAGGGCUUUGCUUUCCAUGGGGGUCAUAACGGAUGAAGAGGGAGACAACGUCAUUGAGGAGAAUGGGUGUUACAAAGAGAAUGGGCAUUCAUCUGGUCCUGUGUUACAGUCGGGGACAGAGCAAAGCAUCUCCAUCGCGGAAAAGGCCGUAUCGCCCAGCCCUACCACAACCCCAUCAAAGUUGCCCAUCACUGCUGUAGAUGUUCAACAUAAAAAGCACUACUUUCAUGGAACAACCCAGGUUACUCAGGACAAGCCGCUGCUCCAGACCAAGACCUCUGCCUCGGAGUCCACUGAAAGGCCUAAGCCAGCCCCCUCGGACUCAGAGAAGGCUUCUGCCACUCCCCCCAAGGUCUGCACCACUCCCCCCAAGGUCUGCACCACUCCCCCCAAGGUCUGCACCACUCCCCCGAGGAUGGAGGUACCAGAGCCUCAGAGGGACAAGGAGGACGCGAUGGAGGAACAGGACGAGGCGUCGUCAGCAUCUCAGUCAGAUGACAUAAAAACUUUGAGCAGUGCAGAUUCUUCAGAAGAAGAGGAGGAAGUAGCAGCAGCACAGGAGAGCGGCCCCAGCAGCAUUCUGCCUCCCUCCGUACUGAAUCAAGCCAGUGCCAUCGCAGAGCACUUCACCAACACCGCCAGGCGAGGCAGCACGGAUGACGCCCGCUCCCUUGGCUGCUCCUCGCCACGCCUUCCCAGCCGUACUGGCAGCACCCUCAGCCUUGGCGGCGAAGCCAAUGAACGCCCCCACUGGCUGAACAGCACCUGCUUCGAACCAACCCAGGACAACUUUGGCGGAACGGAUCUGACUAUGCUUUCUCCGAGGGACGACAGCCUCUUUGAGAUCCACAGGAGGAGAGACUCUACCCUAUCCAAGCAGGACCAGUUGCUCAUUGACAAAAUCAAAAGCUACUACGAGACUGCCGAGCACCAAGAUGCCAACUUCAGCCUCAGGCGCAGGGAGAGCCUGACCUACAUCCCUACUGGCCUUGUGAAGAACUCUGUCAGCUUGUUCAACAGUUCGGACGAGAGCCCUUGCGCAGAGAAAAGUGAUGCGUCAGCCUUGGCCACUUCCUCUGCACCUCACCCUUCCACUUCAGAACCCGAUUCAUCAACAGCUCCAGACGCCUGGGACCGCAUGACCUCCAGUGCAUCAUUUGACUCUCUGGAGUUGGAGAGAAGUAAGAAGCCUGAGGUGCUGGGUUCAGAGGCCGAGAGAAAGGACAGGUCUCUGAGUUUACAGGAGAGGCACAUCCAUGACGAGGAGUUCCGACCUUCAUCUGAGAUGAUCAAGGUUUGGCAGGACAUGGAGAAAAAGGGGAGUAGGUCCCAGGGAGAGGCCAGAGGCCCUGUGAAAGACCGAGAGGCUCAGCAGAAGACCUCUAGUGUUGCUGGUCCAAGCCUGUGCAGAAGGAGCCAGACUCCCAAGAAGAACUCUGAACCAGAGCCUGAAGAUUCCUUUAUGAUACUGGAGGAAGCUAACCUGAGCACCAUCACUGAAGAGUCCAUGAGCCCUUCGCCCAUCAAGAGAAAGGGGUUGGGGCUUGGCCGUACAGCGAGUUUGAGGGAUCCCCGCAGAUCCAGGAUGGACGAGGGUAGGCUUUCCAGAGCCCCUAUGCCCAGGGUCAUCCAGUUGAGGGCUGAGGAAGGGGAGGAGGCCAGCAAGGAUCCUCAGUCGCCGGACGAUGCGGAGAUGGCCAAGAACAAAGUGUUCCAGUUGGCCCGGCAGUACAGCCAGCGUAUCAAGUGCACCACACCAGCUCCUAGGCAGCGAGAUGUCCUGUUGGGCAAGAAAAACCUGCCCUGUGUGAUCGAAGAGAAGCCAGAGAGCUCAGGUAAACCCAACUUGACGCUGCCCCUGCUCUCGUUUGAUCGUAUGAGCAAUCUCCAGGAGUUGAGUCCUAUAGCUAUAUCUCCCAACCCUGCUCAAACGCCUAGUUCUUUGGGCAGUCCCCGGGUCCUCUCUCCCGGCCGCACGCGCGCCAAGAGCCCACUCAGUCCUACGCCUACCGAAGCUUUCAACUGGCCCGAUGUGCGAACACUUCGCUCCAAGUAUGCCAGCUCAGACAAAGACCAAUCCCAGCUGCCGCCAGUUAACCGAAGCCGCUCAGUUCCUGAGAGGAUGGACAGCGGCCCCAAGAGGCGCUCAAGCUUCUGCUCCAGCUUAGUCACUGCUUGUGGUACGGUCGAGGCUCCGACACACAGACCCCACCUCAGCAGGGACCCUGGGCCUGGAGAGGGGUUGGCUAGGCUCCACCGGGCCGGGUCACUGGACCAGAGGCUGAGUGGGCUGCAUCUGAAUGAGCUGCAGAACCUCCAGGACGAAGUCCCUAAUGGCAGUUACUACAUCUCAGCACAGGCCACCAUGCCCGAUGACCACAGGGUCAUUGUUGUGGAGAAGGUUCCGGAGCCUGAGCCAGAAUGCACCUCUGCAGAACCGCUGGAGAUGGUACUCAGGGCAAGGAGAGUAGAGGUGGUAGAGGACAUAGAUGAUAGCUAUGUCCAGAUCCGUUCACCGACCACUAGAGAGAAAAUCUCCAUCAUGGCUGUAAUCGACCGCUGCCGGGCCUAUCAGGAGUCUGAUGAGUAUAGGCAAAGGGAGGAGGGCGGGGCUAAGGCAGAGUCAGUCCCCUUGAGUGGGAGGGGCAAGGAACUUGACAAGGGUCCACCCUCAGAUGAAAAGCUUGACGAUGCCCAGAAAACGGCCACGAACUCGGUCAAAAAGACAGAUGCUAGUCAACAGAACGUGGUGAAAAACUUGAGACAAAAGUUCCUUAACUUGAGGUGAACAGCACCAGUAAACUUUUUAAGUAACCUUUUAUUCAGUUCAUAUUUGUCAUCAACUAAAGGGUUUAAGUUAGGUAUGUGGAUCUCAAGUUAGGAUUCGGUCCAAAGUGUGCAUGUUGGCCAGUCCUAUACUGCAAUUUAAUGACUUAAGCUUUGCUCUCAAACUUUCUGUGUACAUAGAAGCAGUUAUAGUGACAGCCCAGGGAAAUUGUAGUUGUUUUGUCUCAGAAAUGUUGCAUAGAAAUGUUUAAACAUCUAUGUAUAAUACUCAAGAGAACCUUCUCUUGAUCCUGAAAUUAUGUCUGUCUAAAGCACCUUUUGUAUAGCUUGAAUUGCACAAUUGAAGAAAGCAAUUUUUUGAAGGGAGUGAACUUUUCUUAGUUUUCUUUCUAGGGUGGCUACCCACUGGGCACAGAUGUCACUUCAAUGUCUAGUUUUGAUUUACAUUUGAUUGACUUGUCAACUAACGUUAAUUCAAAGUAAAACCAACAAACAUUUUAACCAUCUCAUUGGAUUUAGGGUAAAAGUUGGGUGAAAAAAAGACAAAUUACCUAAAUUCCUUUACGUCAAUGUCUUUUUGCAAAUCCAAUCCAUUUCCAUGUUGAUUCAACGUCUUCACAUUUGAAUAGUUUUGUUGAAAUGACAUGGAAACAACAUUGAUACAACCAGUUGGUGCCCAGUGGCUACUGUGUCUCUGACAUAAAAUGAGAGCCACUCAACAUCAUAGCAGCACUACUUUACUGUUUACUGGAAAACACAGAAAUAUAUGAUAUUGUCUGAUGGCAAUGGUUUUUUGGGGGGAAAUGCUGACCAGAAAAUUGAGGGAUUGAGUCUGAAACAGAGCAUUGCAUCAUUUGCUGUCUUUACCAUCUUUCCUUGAACUCUCACCCUGCACUAGACUUAACCUUCAGUACACAUGACCUGACCACUAAAAUACAUAUGAGAGAGUCAGCGCCAUACUGGGAUCUAAUGGUUCAUUAAUUGCCCUAUGUCCACUUUGUAUAUCCCCCCUGAUGUGGUGAUAUCUCAAGGAUUCUCUUGUAAUUCUAUAUAAUCAUGAAUUGUCAAAUGGAAUGAAAAUCAAAGACCCUGUAUAGAGUCACUCUUUUCUAGUCAGUCAACUUCUUACCUUGAUUAUAUAUCAUUGAUUAGUUAAUUGGCUAAUGAUGUGCACGUUAUGUAUUCUCUGCUUCGGAUGCCCAAAGGACUUCAUUCACAGCAAUAGGUCAUUGAAAUGAGCAAAAACUAGUGUACACGUAUGGAUCCAGGGGACCCUAGUCAAAGGGGUCCACGUCUUCUACUGCUAAAAAGUGUUACUGUCAUUGCUCACUACUUCCUUCUCUUCACAUUCUACAUUUACCUCUUAUUUAUUAAGCCAACGUCAAUUUUAUGAACAUUAAUUGUCUUGUCUUUAUAUAUUUGUGAGUGUAUAUAUAGGUUGUCUUGUAUGUUGACGGUUGUACAGAAAUGUUUGUGUUGCCUAGAGAUGGCAUACAUUCCAUAUUAAAACAGCACAUAGUGCU